UUCAUCUGAAACUUCUCUAUUAAAUUGACGUAUAUUUAAAAAUGCAAAUCGAAGAAAAAUACAAUGAUUUUCAUACAACAAAACUUGUUUGCACUAAUCAAAAUGAACUUCCAAGUGAACUGCAAGCAAUCAUGAAGAAAAUAGCUCGAGAAGAAGGUUAUCUAAACUAUAAAAUGAUGAGUAGAUCUAUAUCCACAGAAGGUGGUGACUAUAUGGCUUCGUUAUACGAAGUGGAUAUCGAAGGAAAAACCAAUGAAGGUAAUAAAGAAACUAACAUAUUCAUUAAACGUGUGAUAUCACAGGAUCAUGUUAAAAUACUAGACGUUUCUGACAUUUAUUCUAAAGAAUUGUUCUUCUAUAAUGAUCUGAGCAAACUAUUUACUGAACUAGAAACAGAAGCCGGAGUACCUGUAGAAGAGAGAUACAAAUCGGUAAAAUCUUACAACGAAAGCGACACUGAAUCGAUAAUAAUGCAAAAUCUUAACAAGGAAGGUUUUACAACAUUAUACAGAAUGAAUGUGAUGCCUUUAAAGUUCGCAGAGCUUUCAAUACAGCAGCUAGCAAGGUUUCAUGCUUUAAGCUUCGUCAUACAACAAAAGCGACCGGAAUAUUUUGAAAGGAAAAUUAAAAUUUUAAAACAUCCAAUAAAUUACGGUGAAGAUUAUGUUGAAUUUUGCAAAAAUAUGUACAAAGUUUCUUCGAUUCAUCUCAGUAGUGAAAUAAAAGCGAAAAUAGAUAGAAAAGCCGAUGAGUAUAUGAAAAAUUAUAUAACAGGUCAUAAAACUGAUGUCAGUUGUCUCUGCCAUGGUGACUUCAGAGUGAAUAACAUACUACUAAAAAUGACGGAAGGAGAAAUCACCGAUAUAAUACCAGUUGAUUACCAACUAAUGCACUACGGGUCACCAAUUUUAGAUUUCUUAUUCUUCAUAUUUGGUGCUACAGACAAGGAAUUCAGAAGGAAACAUUUAAACCACUUAAAGGAUAUGUACCACGAAACAAUGGAACAAUAUCUAAAAUAUUUUGAUAUUGAUGUAAACAUGAUAUACCCUAAGAAGAAAUUCCAGAUGGAUUGUGAGGAUAAUUUGGAAUAUGGUUUGGAAUUUUAUUUAUAUAUAGGUCCCAUUAUGUUUACAUUGGAAGAUGAUGUACCUGAUUUCGACAAGGUUGAUUUACGAGAAGUAAAAGUUAAACUGGAUAACAGAUACUAUGAGAGACUGCAAGGAAUUGUUGAUGAUAUGAUUGUGGGGGGGAAAUUGUGAAAUUAAACUAAAGAAAUAAAGCCAUCAAUAUACUAGCUGUUCCGGUGCGACUUCAGCCGCAUACAAUUAUGAAUUUUUUGUAUAUUGUUUACAUGUGUCAAAUUAUCAAUUGCAAAUGUCAAAAUGACAUGACAUGGUGACAAACCA